AUUUCUGCAUCUGCGAAGGGUUCAGCGUGCCUCGCUGCCUCAUGUAUGAGAUUUACGUGGAGACCUGUGGGCAGAGCGCCCAGAACCAAGUCAAUCCAGCCACGUUUGGGAAGCUCGUGCGCCUGGUUUUUCCCGAUCUGGGCACCCGGAGGCUGGGCACCCGAGGAAGUGCCAGGUACCACUAUGAUGGCAUCUAUAUCAAGAAAAGUUCCUUUUUCUACUCUCAUUACUGCUACCUCCUGGGUAAAAAAAGCUGUCACAGUGGCAAUGCCGUCGCCUUUGGAGAACCUCCUGACUAUAACAGCGUCACCCAGCAGGAGGACACUUGUGAAAAUCACUCACCAAUAAAGAUGGACCCGAUGGGCUCGACGGUGUCUCCGUUCCGAAGGUGCCCGUUCUGGGAGCAAGAGCUGGCAAACAAGUACUCCUGCAAGCUGUGGGAGCCCCCUCCCCUCAGAGGUGAGAAGUAUGGCAAUGGAGCGAGCUUGCCGCCACACUGGUGGCUGGACUCCAUUGAUCUGAAAGAACCAGGUCUGGCCAGGCAGCCCGCAGAACAAAUGCGAAAGCCAAGCAAGAGCAAAGAGGAGUUUAUGAAGCUGGCGGCCAGCUUCCAACUAAAAUGGAAUUUCCUUCUCACGGCUGUGAGCAAAGCCAUGACCCUGAGCCACCGAGACAGUUUUGGUGCCUGGCAUCUGUUCCACUUGCUACUGUUGGAGUAUGUGAUUCACAUCCUGGAAUCAUGCAUAGAGGAAGAGGAGGAAGAGGAGGACCUGGGGAGUCUCCAAGACUUGCUGUCGGAUGACCAGUUUCUCGCCCAGCCAGACCAGGCCCUUUUCCACCCUCUGGAUUCUUUGCCAACAUCAGAGUGUGCAAGCCGGAGUGUGGAGUCACCCCAGGCGGCACUAAAACACAUGAGCCAGAGCUGUAGUCCCGUGGGGGCCGUGGGCAGCAUGGUUCUCCAGGUGCUGGGCUUCCUGGUGGACACCGCCACAGGAAAUAAGCUCAUCCAGGUACUGCUAAAAGACAAGGCCACCGAAAGCGCGGUCAAACUCAGCCUUCCUGUGGGACAAGAGGCCCUCAUAACCCUAAGCAACGGACAGAGAUUUGUGAUUCACAUAUCAGAUGUGCCCCAAAGCUCGGAAAAUACUUACUGCGGGAAAAGCAACGCGAAUACGCAAGGUGGUUUGUUGGAAUAAGGUCUGAGGAAACAGGCUUGAAUUCUUAAAAUAUGUAUUAAAUCCUAAAACUUUUGUAUUGAUCUGAGAUUUUAUGUAUAUAA